AGCAUCGGUCGCCGCUUUGGAGCGAGAUCCUGACCUCGCGGACAAGCCGUUAGCAGCGCUGGCGGAAAGGAGGAGAGAAGCCGACGUGUGGUCUGGCCACUGAACCCAGCGAUAUUAAACAACGGGGCUGGCUUCCCGCCCCCGAAAAACCGCCGUCUGCUCUAGCAGUCCCGCUGGACAGAGCCCCCCGACCGCUUCGGAUAAUGGCACAUUGCGACUGGAAAGAGGCUUUUUGUGGCGUGUGAUACAUGGGAGUAGAUGCGAUGCAUUUAUCCGGGAUGCGUUACACUGAGAGGAGACGAAGGAGUUUGCCUUCUAGUGUUCUGGCUAGCUGAAUUGUUUACGGGGUGGGUGUUAAACGCGCACCGCUUAAUGUAGCUUUUGUGAGGGCUGCUAUAAAUUGGUUUUUGUUCGUAGCUUGUAAGCUAGCUGUAAUAUUCUACCCCUCUAGUUAGCGAUAGCGGCUAGCCACGCAUUUAACACAGUCUCCACAGAAAGCAGCACGGUCUCUGCCAGCUGACAGUCUAAUACAAGUUUCGGCGUUUUAAAAGUCGGUUUUAUUUUCAUUUUUUAACUUGCCUUUUUAACUGGGUAUUUCUGGACAGCGUGAAAGGGACAGUACAACAGAACCUCACCAGCUAGCUCUCAAGCUAGCCACAGCUGUCGGGAUGAUGGGUCGGGGCUGACCGGCGGCACGGUGCGAUGCGGGCCACCUCAGCCCCACCGUUGACUUUGAUAAGUUCCCAAGCGGCUUGAAUAAACCACAUUAUCGCUAGCUCUGCCGUAACCGUCGGUACCCAGGAAAUUUAUUCACUUUGUACAGGACGGCGUAGACCGAUGCUCAACACCUAGAUACUGUCACUGCAAGCAUUGUCGGUGUACAUUAUCUCAGGAGAGCCUUGUCUACAAAACAACAUAUGGCCAACGACUCGAUGCAAAGUGACCCAGACGGGCUGUCGGUGCUGGAGCAGCUGGGUCUGGAGCACAGCUCCGACUUAUCGGACAGCAGCGUGCAGCAAAGACUGGACGAGCAGCGGGAGCGCAUCCGGCGCGAGAUCCGCAAGGAGCUGAAGAUCAAGGAGGGCGCCGAGAAGCUGCGGCGUGCCACCACCGACAAGCGCAGAGCCGUGCAGGUGGACAGCCAGCUGCGCACCUCCAACAAGCGCCUGGACACCCUGCACACCCAGCUGCAGGAGCUGGAUGCUCACAUCGUCGUCAAGCACCCCAAUGACAUCCGCGAUGAAGCCCCACAAUCCCCUGGGGCUGUCAGCCAGCCAUCAGCCAACCAAGAACGAAUUGCAGCCCUGCAGCGUCAGCUCAACAUCGAGCUCAAAGUCAAGCAGGGAGCCGAGAACAUGAUCCCUAUCUAUGCCAGUGGCUCCACUAAGGACAAGAAGCUACUGCAGACAGCUCAGCAAAUGCUGCAAGACAGUAAAACAAAGAUCGACAUCAUUCGCAUGCAGAUCCGCAAGGCCGUUCAGGCCACAGAGCAGCAGACGGAGGAUGUGCAAGGGAAGCCCGACCUGUGUGGCGUAGAGCUGCGUAUCGAGGAACUGCGACACCAUUACCGCGUGGAACACGCCGUGGCGGAGGGGGCCAAAAAUGUUCAGCGCCUACUGGGUGCCUCCAAGAUCCAGGACAAGAAAGCCAUAUUGGAGGCUCAGUCCCGCCUGAGUGAGUCAUCCCAGAGGCUGGACCUUCUGCGCGACUCCCUGGACCGCCGGCUAGCAGAGCUGCCUGAGGAUCACCCCAAGGCCUGCCUCAUCAAGGAGGAGCUGGUGUUGGCCUCUUCCCCUGCCUUUAGCUCCCGUCAUGGCGCCCCCUAUGUGCACAACCAGUACAGCACUCUCAGCAGGCCCUCCCCAUUGACAGGGACAUUACAGGUGCAGCUGCAGGGUUGCGUGGAGCUGCUGGACGUGGUGCCCGGGAGGAGCCGCGGGACGCCGGUCGUGUUGCCUUGCUACAGUCCCGGGGAAGGCCGCUCCUUUAUGCGUGGCAGCAAGGGCCUCUACGGGCGCAGUGGCAGCGUUAGCGGCAAGGCGCCCAGCAAGACAGACGAGCUGUCCUCGGAGGUGAGCGCAGUGCUGAAGCUGGAGAACGCCGUGGUGGGUCAGACUGCCUGGAAGACCGUAGGGGAGCAGGCCUGGAACCAGACCUUCACUCUGGAGCUAGAGAGGUCUAGGGAGAUGGAGAUCGCCGUGUACUGGAAGGACUACCGCUCCCUGUGCGCCCUCAAGUACCUGAAGCUGGAGGACUUCCUGGACAACCAGAAGCACCAGAUCCAGCUGGACCUGGAGCCGCAGGGGCAACUGCUGGCUGAGGUCACCUUCUUCAACCCCAUCAUAGAUCGCGUCCCUCGCCUCCAAAGACAGAAGAAGAUCUUCUCCAAGCAGCAAGGCAAGGCCAUCCUGCACGGUCGACCGGUGAACGUGGACAUCAGCACCUGGGUGCGGCUGCUGAAGAACGCCAUUCCCACGAUGAACAACUCGGGCACCUACAGCCCCAACGCCCACUCUCACGGCACUGGGGAGAUAUCCAUGGACAAGCUGAAUCUGGAGUGUGAUUCGCCACAGAAGCCUGACAUAAAGAAGGACACGGACACCCACACCCCGGAGCGGCUGCCUGUGAUUGAGCCCUUCAGCCCUCCAGACCUGACCCCUCAACGCCCCCAAAGAACCCCCUCCCAGAGCUCCCAGCAGAGUAAACAGAAGAGUAAUCCCCUUUCCCUUCAGAACUUCCGGCUGGUCGCAGUGCUGGGCAGGGGACACUUCGGAAAGGUGCUGCUGUCUGAGUACAAAGAGACAGGUACCUUAUACGCCAUCAAGGCCUUGAAGAAGGGAGACAUUGUGGCCCGGGACGAGGUGGAGAGUCUCAUGUGUGAGAAACGGAUCUUUGAGACAGUCAACAGUUCCAGGCACCCCUUCCUGGUCAAUCUGUUUGCGUGCUUCCAGACGCCGGAGCACGUGUGCUUCGUCAUGGAGUACACGGCCGGGGGCGACCUAAUGAUGCACAUCCACGCCGACGUCUUCAGCGAGCCCCGUGCCAUGUUCUAUGCCGCCUGUGUGGUUCUCGGCUUGCAGUUUCUCCACGACCACAAGAUCGUCUAUCGGGACCUUAAGUUGGACAAUUUGCUGCUGGACAUGGAAGGAUACGUAAAGAUCGCAGACUUCGGCCUCUGUAAAGAGGGGAUGGGAUAUGGCGAUAGGACCAGCACCUUCUGUGGCACACCAGAAUUCCUGGCACCAGAGGUGUUGACGGACACAUCAUACACCAGAGCUGUGGACUGGUGGGGACUGGGCGUGCUGGUGUACGAAAUGCUGGUUGGCGAGUCCCCUUUCCCAGGUGAUGAUGAGGAGGAGGUGUUCGACAGCAUCGUGAAUGAUGAAGUCCGCUAUCCCCGGUUCCUCUCCACAGAGGCUAUUAGCCUGAUGAGACGGCUGUUAAGAAGGAACCCGGACAGACGCCUCGGCUCCAGUGAGAAGGACGCUGAAGAUGUCAAGAAGCAGCCAUUCUUCAAGGGCCUGGACUGGGAGGCCCUGCUGAAGAGGAGGUUGCCGCCGCCCUUCGUGCCGUCUAUCAGGGACAAAGAGGAUGUCAGUAACUUCGAUGAUGAGUUCACUCUUGAGCUACCGACUCUCACCCCACCUCGGGAGCCCCGAAUUCUGUCCCGCAAGGACCAGGACAACUUCCGUGACUUUGAUUAUGUCUCUGAUCUCUGCUGAGGCCUAAGACAGAGGGGGGGGAGGGAAGUGGGUAGACCAAUCUGUACGUCUGUUACUGGGACACAGGGAUGGUCAGGAGUCCUAUUUUUCCUCGACUGAGAGAACAAAGCAUGGAGGGGGGGGGAGGAUCUGUCACUUGUCCUGUUUUCCACACUGUGACAUGGGGGGUGUUAUGAAUGAAUGUCUUUUAUCUAGGGUAGGUGAGAGGAAGAGGGAAUUGGUGAAGAUUUUAUGUCUGUUUUGCCAGUCUGUCCCAUACUGUGACUAAGUUUGUCUGUUACACAGAGUGGUGACCAUUCCACGGUUGAGGAGGUACCAUUUUCUGAAGGAGGUACAGCUGACGAGGGCUUUUUUUUUUUUUUUAAACAAUUUACAGUUGCUCAGUCUGGUCUUCUCCCCCCUUUCUGCCCUCGGUAACAUGUAGCUUCCCCCCCCUGGACUCUUCUCCAGCCUCAUUAAUGGCACCCUAUGUUCCCAGGUCCACUUUGCACCUGUGUAGUAAGACCAAAAGCCCUGUAGCCCCGUUGCGUAGUGCCUCAGGGGGGAGUGUCCGCAGAGGGAAGGACAGACCUCUGUUUAUACUGUGACACACAAAAAUGUCAGGAAGGGGGGGGGGGAUGGGUGUGCAUACCGACUGAAGCCUUAAAUUUCCUGAAGGUCCUGAAGAAUAUGUUUUCGAUUGGGGCGGAGGCGUGGAUCUCCUUAUCCAGAGCAGUGGUUCUCAAACCUGGCAACCCAGAGGCACAGCCAGUUUUAAUGUGAAGAGAGGUGGUCCAGAAGGCAGCCAGUCGGCCCUUGAGGUAAAGCUGCCCUGCACAGAACGACAGACGGCCCCUGUGACACGUUUUAGCCUUUUCAUAUAGCUGAGAACUGUAGGUGUUGCUGUAGCCCGUGUGGCGCUUUGCCGCUUGCAGAUGCAGCCCUCAUUCAAAGAGGAUUUGGGAACCACUGGACCCUCCACUCCCGAUCACACUAGGAGACUAGUGCAUUCAUGAAGGACGCUUUUUAUAUUUUUAACUGUUCAUGUGGUUUUACAUUAAUGGACUGUAACAACAAUUAUGAUGAACAUUUGACUGAUGAUGCUGUAAAGGUUCAUGCUGGUUGAAUUACACAAAAACAAAUUGGAACUAAUGGGCUGAUUUUUUUUUUUAGUUUACCUUCUCCUUUACGCUCUUAACUGGUGAUGAUGCGUCCAGGUAUUGAUGAAAAGUGCUAAAUGAACCUAAGUCACCUACACACAGGAAGAUGAAACGCGCUGCCCUGUCCAAAGACACGUUUGCUUGAUGCGGAUAAACACAGAGAAACCUAAUACAUAAACACCACAGGGCUCAAGACGGCUCACACCACCAGAUGCAAAGAGCCCCAGCGUGCACAGUUCAGCAGUAAUGGAUGGGAUCCCCCUUUCAUUUCUGGCUGGAGUUUGGUGUGUCCUUCCCUGACUGCCAGCUCUGCCUGACGUGUAAUUAUACAAAACGCAGAGCAGAGUAAGAAGCUUCUAUGUAUGAACAAAAAAAACGUCCUGAAUUGAGGUACCAAGCUGUGGUGACUGUCCAGUUCACUAAACCCACGUUUUUCACCCUCACCUACACACUUGCUCAUUCACUGCUUUAGUUAACCAAAAAAGGAAAUUCAUUGUAAACGUGCACAUGCAAUCUGAUGGCUAAACUAGGUACAUAGAGUGAGUUGAGUGCUCAAUUUGGGUUGCCAACUCUAGCGUGACACACUUUCUGACUCUCACGCAAGGAAUAUUACAGGAAAUCUAUAUUAUUCCAUUAUAAACUACAUCAAAAGCGGUGGGGUAGUUUGCAAACCCUACAGAAUAUUUGCAAGGUAAUAAAACUUUACAUACAUGUAAAUGUGUGUGCAGACUUGUCUCAAAUUGAAAAUGUCACGUCAGCCAGCUGACCAAAGUUGACAACCCUGCUUUAUAUAGAAUAUAAUAGAGCUGUACACUCAGUUAAUUACUUUUAAAUUAAUUCAGUAAGAUUGCAGUAACUGAACUGUACCAUGUCAGACAAGUUCUUGCUGGCCGGUCUAUGGAAGGAGAAGCAUUUUUGAAGCAACAGUGAACUGCUCAAAAACCUAGGAGCAUGGGGGGUGAGACGGGAGAUGUGACAUCACAGUCCUAUCACACUGACGUGAACCAGCACCUUGAACAGUAUAUGGCUGGGUUGGGAAACCGGACGAAACUCCCACAAUACAAGGGAAAACAAAAAUCUGACACGCGGCAGACUGCGACCACAGACAUGCAAUACUUACUAAACGAAACAAUGCUUUGUUAGCUAGUGAUUUCUGUAUAACUGCUGAACGCAGUUUCUCAUGCUCAGUGACUAAACCUAGGUAGGAAACACUAGUAAACCAUAAUGAAAAGGUGGGGGUACGGCCACUAAUCUCAUGUCCUGGGAUACAUGAGGGCAGCAUGAACGGAGAAGAGGUUGUACAAUCAAUCAAAAACCUACUUCUUCCAAAGAAAAUACUGAACCACGACGUUUGAAAACGGAAGUGCUAUCACUGCGUUCAAAAGUUUGCACCGUGUGUGUGUGUCUAUAUAUAUAUAUAUUUUAUAUAUAUAUAUAUAUAUAUAUAUAUAUAUAUUUGCUUAUUAUAUGAGAAUGACCGAGAUCUACCGAAGUUAUUUCAAUGUCCUAGUUUUGUCUCUAUUAAAGGGAUCACUUAACAGUGCGCAUUGUGAUCCAGAACUGGGUUGAGAACAGAGGGGCCAACAAAGGGCAAUGUUCCCACUAUUUUUUCAACUUUAAUUUAAAGGGAUUGUGAAAUAAAGUAAAUCCACCCUACAGAAAUCGAAUGACUACAACGAUGCACAAUUACUUCACCUGCUACAUCCUGAAGACCUACUUGGAAUUCUACCGUUUUAUAUACAUUUUUACCGUUAAAUGGGUUUUUGUUAUAAGGGUUAUGGUAACCUUUGUAAAAACUGAAUAUUGUAUAAGGCACCAAUAAUAUUACUGAUGUUAACAUUUUAAAAAAUAAAAUUAUACCUGUUUAA